AUGCAUGCAGUUAUUAAUAGACAGAAGAAUCAUGGUAUAUACUUAUGUGUACUAGCUAAAGCGUUACGUAUGUAUGAUGGAUAUCAUAUCCAUUCCGGUACCGUAGUAGGUAAACUUGAAGGGGAAAGAGAAAUCACUUUGGGCUUUAUUGAUUUACUGCGUGAUGAUUUUAUUGAAAAAGAUAGAAGUCGCGGUAUUUAUUUCACCCAAGAUUGGGUCUCUCUACCAGGUGUUCUGCCUGUAGCUUCGGGCGGUAUUCACGUUUGGCAUAUUCCUGCUCUGACCGAGAUCUUUGGAGAUGAUUCCGUACUACAGUUUGGUGGAGGAACUUUAGGGUACCCUUGGGGAAAUGCACCCGGUGCCGUAGCUAAUCGAGUAGCUCUAGAAGCAUGUGUACAAGCUCGUAAUGAGGGACACGAUCUUGCUACUGAGGGUAAUGAAAUUAUCCGUGAGGCUACCAAAUGGAGUCCUGAAGUAGCUGCUGCUUGUGAAGUAUGGAAGGAGAUUAAAUUUGAGUUUCAGGCAAUGGAUACUUUGGAUCAAUAA